AUGUACGAUCCGCUAUUACUGCAGAAAGAGGAGAAGGUGGUAGAUGCCCAGGACUUGUGGAAGUACCGAAUAAAACCCUCUGCAAUGAAGUUUUACAGCAGUGAUAAGAGUCACACUGUCGAACUGCAACAAGUGCCACUCUCGUUGUUUGAGCCACGUCGUAUUCAAUACGAUUGGCAUGACGUGUGCAAGUUUGGAAAAGGAUAUCUAUACGACGAAUCAUGCAAAGUUUUUCAGACGUUGAUUCGAGUAAAUACUCAAGUAACAAUUUUUGUGAAAGAUGUUAUCGUGCCAAAUGUGUUUGACAAUGAUUGGGGGCGAUCACUAUACAGCAUUCAUCCUACAAACGAUAUAGGGAAGCUACAGCAGCUUUUACUUCCAUCUAAUCUGGUACAAGACGAUGAAACGAAGGUUACAAGUGCGUCGUCAAAAAUUAUAUCAAUUGCGGGCAAAUAUUUGCAGAGUCUUCAGCGCACCGAUAUUUCGCUGACAAUGGCAUCCAUGAACAUUCCGAGUAUAUGGAACCACGCAGUCACUUUAACUGGUCUAGCAAAUCUGGGCGCUGAGGAGCUGAAGACGGUAGUAACACAACCAAAAUCACCUGUGUCUUCAACUUGUAUUUCAGUGCCGGUUCCGUUGCAGGCUGAUGGUAUUGGAUCCAAACCCGCAACGACGUCACCAGAGAUUCCACCAAGUGUGAGCAGAGAUUACAGCCGACAUAAGCUACUCCCGCCAGCAGAUGGUCUGCGGUUAUCAUCGCCUGCGAAAGCGGCAGCCGCCGCUGAUCUAGGCACCGACUAUUUUGUGAGUGAAACAUUCUUAAGAUGUAAUUGGAGUAAAGAAGAACCAGACGAAAUUGAUCCAGAGGAUACCAGAUCCAAAGAGGCAAACGCAAGUUCAAAUGAAUGCAAAGACAAUUUAAAGUACAACCAACUUCUUCAGCAGAUCGCUCGGCCAGCAAUGUGGGACUUGAUGCGUAAAAAAAUGCUUCAGGUGGACGUUGCCUCUUUUCAGCGAGCUCUUGAUCGCGUCAGCUUGGAGGCACUAGAAGCGAUAAUCUAUAAGCAAUGCCAGGAUGUGAGGAAAAUGAGCUUGAACCCUUCUGCGUUCUCAAGUAUUGAGAUAGCCGAGGCUUGCGCCAGUCUUCGCCAAGCCAGUUGGCUUCAUACCUUGCGCCAAGUAGCUGCUGCCCGUAAUGGUAACAUGAUGACAGAGAUUUUAACUAGAGUUCUUCCUAGUGCCAAGUACAAACUCCUACUGGGUCCUUCCAACUGGAAAGAUUUUCUGGCACUUUUGGAAGUGACCGGUACGCGUGGAGUACCCUCAACCGCUGCAAUUGAAUCCGCGGUGCAAGCAGGCUCGAGCAGCGCAAUCGAGGACGAUUCAACAUCGCAGCCACCUCAGAAAAGGCAAAGGAUUUUCCAAGCGGAGAAAGAGGACAUACCUGUUCGCGUCUUGUGCUCAGUCCAGUUUCUGCAGCAGGCUGAGCUUCUUGAUGAACUUUGUACGGAGCACCAAAUCUUUUUUAUCGAGCGAGAUCUUCCGUCACCAAUUGACAUGAUAGUCGACGAGAGAAACUGCAUCUGUGUGGUGACUGAUGCCCUUUUUCAAGCUGAAGCAAGAAUCAAAAACCUUAUUUUCAGCUUAGCUUGUUUACAGCUUCAAGUCCAGAAGUGCUGGUUUGUUAUUGUUCUCGAUAAAUCUUCGGCUCCAGGCAUGGAAGGCGCGAUGAAUUUGUUUUUCGCAGCGCUCGUGCAAUUUCGGAUCGAGAUUCAAGUGCUUACCAGUUUUUCGUGUGAAGAAGCUGGUCGCUUCGUACGCGCGAUUGUCGACCAAUGCGCCGAAGUUGCCCUGACCGAUUACCGCACUUUGCCCCGUAUGUGGUUCGAGCGCCCGUUCUUGCUAGAAGACGAGUCGCAAUUCGAGCGUUUUCUCGUGUCGACGAGAAUUGUCAAUAAUUAUGCUGCACAGUCUCUUCUUCAUAAGAUCUGCAUGGAAGAUCUAUUCUGCAAAGACAUUAACGAGUUAAAGCUUCUCGUCCAAAACGCAGUGACCGAGCAGCAAUUAGAGCUACUUUGGAGACUGUUGCAGCAGGGACACGGAAUUAAUGGUGCUUUACAGUAA